CAUGGUUUGGUCUCGUCCUCUAAAAUCAUAAAUGCAGCUGGAAAAAAGUUACGGUUUGUUAUUCAAGAAAUACCAGAAGAUCGAUACGAAGAAGCUUUAGAUCAUUUGUGUGAUAAUUAUCUGAGAUACGAAGAUAUGCGUAUGAGUCUUGGUGAACGUAGUAAAAAUGAUCCAGCAUCAGUGGCUUACAAUCGAAUUUCUAUUUGCGUACUUGAUGUUACUGAAAACAACAAAGUGCCUGUAUUGGCUGGGCUAAAUAUUCUGAGAGUAAUUGACAAAGAUACGAGUAAAAUAAAAAGACCUAUUACGAGCGACAUGGUAAAAACUCAGAAAAUAAUAAAUUAUGUACAAAAUGCUGCCGGGGAAGCGGAUCCAUGUGAAAGAUACGGAGUUGAUUAUUUUUUAACGGGCACUGGGCUGGACAUAAAUCCGCAUUACAGUCGUCUGGGAUUAGGCACUCAUCUUUUAUUAACCAGAAAAAAAGUCGGUGAGACAUACAACAUAUCAGUAACUUCAACAAUGUUUUCUUCUUUGCUGGCCCAAAAAACCGCGGCAAAAGCUGGGUUUGUUGAUUCUCUAGAGCGAGGGUGGGAUGAAGCUACUGACGAUCAUGGAGAACCGUUGUUUCCAGGAUUAAAAGGUCUUCGUUGGAAACAAAUGGAUAAACAGCGUUAU